CGGCGUGAUGCGCUCAAACGCGAUUUUCCGCCGGAGUCGGAAAGUGCAUCCACCAGAGAUCCGAGUUUCCUGCAUCGCCGAGCGUAUCCUUUGAAAAUGUCAGCUGCGUUGAAUGCCUCGAUCCAGGCAGCCGCCGGGGUCACGCCCGACUCUCAGUUUCAGUUCAACUCUACGGAUUACGUGGUCUUUUCCCUGAUGCUGAGCAUCUCAGCUGGCAUUGGGGUGUACUUUGGUUUCUUCGCCAAGGGCGAGGACACCACCGAGGAGUACCUGAUGGGCGGCAAGCGCAUGAAGACCAUACCGAUUGCCAUUUCUCUGGUGGCCAGCCAGCUCUCGGCCAUUUCCAUUAUGACCAUACCGGGCGAGAUGUACGGCUUUGGCGUCAAUUGGUUCUUCAAUGUCGUCUGCAUGGUGGUGGUGGUGCCCAUCCUCAACUACGUGAUCAUUCCCGUCUUCUACAACAACAACAUCACCAACUGUUACGAGUAUCUGGAGUUGCGCUUCGACAGGAGGGUGCGCGUGCUGCAGACCUUCAUCUUUAUAUUGACCAUGUUCUUCAUGCUGCCCAUCUUCAUUUUCCUGCCCUCGCUGGCCUUCUCCCAGGUGACGGGCUACAACGUGCACAUCAUCAAUGGCAUCGUCUGUGGCAUCUGUGUCUUCUACACCAUGUUUGGUGGCAUCAAGGCUGUCGUCUGGACGGAUGUUAUUCAAGCGGCCAUUAUGGUCGUCUCCGUCGUUUUGGUUGGCACGCUUGGUGCCUCGCGUGUGGGUGGCCUAUCCGAAGUCUUUCGCAUUGCCGGUGAGGGCGGUCGUCUGGACGUCAACUUCAACCUGGAUUUGACCUCACGAUCCACCAUCUGGAACGUCUUCUCCUCGGCCACAAUCAUGUGGACGGGCUAUGUGGGUCUCAACCAGAGCUGCGUCCAGCGCAUCGUCUCCCUGCCCUCGCUGAAGCACGCCAGAAGGUCGCUGGUGAUCUUUGGCUUUGGCUUUGUGAUCAUCAUGUUCUUCAACUGCUUCACGGGCAUCGUGAUCUUCUCGCGCUUCCACGACUGCGAUCCCAUUCAGUCGGGCCACGUCACCAAAGUGGACAAAAUGGUGCCGUAUUUCGUGCAGGACACCGUCGGCCAUCUGCGCGGCAUGCCCGGCGUGUUCAUCUCGUGCGUGUUUAGCGCCGCCCUCAGCACGCUCUCGGCCAGCAUUAAUUCUCUCGGUGGCGUGGUCUAUUUCGAUUACAUCAAACCCUUCAUCCGGCACACGGAGCACAGGGCGAACGUGAUCAUGAAGCUGUUUGUGCUCUUCUCCGGCAUCUACUGCGUCCUCGGCGGCAUCGCUGUGGAGCAGUUCAACUCCAUUCUGCAGGUGAUCUACUCGAUCGGAGGCGUUAGUUUUGGCGCCACAUGUGCGGUCUUUUUGCUGGGCAUGCUCGUGCCACGUGCCCACGGCAAGGCGGCCCUGAUUGGAGUCAUUUCCAGCAUUGCCUGCAUGGCCUCCAUUGUGAUCUUCAGCUGGGGCCGCAACCACUACGACCCCUUGCCCACACGCAUCGACAACUGCCCGGCGGUGUCCCCGUUCCUGUCCCUGAAUGCCACCACCACAGCCUCCCCCCUCAGGCAGGCAGCCACAACGGCAGCAGCAGCCCACAGCCAAACUGAAAAGGGAUUCAGUAUCCUGGAUCUGUCCUUCAACUGGUACGUGGUGGUGGGCUUCAUCAUCACGUGGCUGGUGGCUGUGCCGCUCAGCUACAUCCUCAAGCAGCGGGCCGAUGCCAAGCUGGAUCCCAAGCUCCUGUCGCCGGUGGUGCAGCCUUUCGUUUCCUACGAACUGGCGCAAGCGGAUGAGCUGCACGAGCUGAAGAGCGAGAAGCCCGAGAAGGCCUGAGGAUGAUAUGCUUAUGUUAGGCAUUGUAAAGAUAUAAGAUAUUAACCGGUAUGAGUGCUGUGGCUGUGUUCAGUGGUCUCCAGUGCGAUCCCAUUCUAUCUAGAUCGGAUCUGUCUGCAGCUGAACAUCAAGAAUUGCUUAUCUGAAUAAAAGGCUAUAUCACUAUUGUCUGGGGGCUCUUUGGCCACAAUCUUUGGACAGCGACAGCUUCUAAAUAUAAACCGCAGAACAAGCACAAA